AUGUCGCUACAACUACAGAGUACAUACCUCUCUGUACUCUUGGAUAUUCCAUCCGCUACCGAGAGCGGAUACGACAUAGGACAGCAUUUAGCCUAUAAGAGUAACAGUACCCUUGCGGCUUUUAGGCCGCCAUUUGGGGCUCCGCUCACAAAAGGACUCACCCGGGGCAAAGGCCAAGAGAACGGACAGACGGGGCCAAACCAGAGGGGCCGGUUUGUGACAGGUGUUCCAGAAGCCUUCGACGAAGAAACUAUGGCCCCAGUAGAGGUGGGCCGGGUCGCCUCCCCCUGGUCAGGUCAAGACUCCAAUGAGAUCCUUCGUGAGUGA